AUGCCAACUUCCUUAAGUACACAACGUCCAUGCAAGUUGACCCGUCUGAGGGGACGCCGCGUGCGAGGAAGCACACGAUCUGUGUGGUCUACUCUGUAUGCAGGAGCUCGCGCAGCCGCCAUGCGAAGAGCUUUGCCAUUCUCAAGAUCAACACGUGAACAAAUGCCUGCUUCCGAAAACGGAAUACACUGCAUGGACCUCUAUAAACCUUCCGAUAUGAACCUGUUAAACGCAAUGGGUUCUGAAGGAAAUAUCACUGAGUCUCCACUUCCAACGAUCAGUACGGACCUGCAAGCAAGACUUCAUUCGAACGUGCACGAUGCUCUAACAGGACGUAGCAGAGCGGGAUACUUUGAAGCAGCCAAUCUUCGAGUUCCAACAUCUCAUUCAGCCUCAAGUAAAUCGUCUGUACUCAUCGGGAACCCAAUUGUCAUACUCAAUCCGAAAGAACCACGAGAAAUAUUCAUUGGUGGUAUUCCAUCUGUUCCAUUGCCCCUAUGGGCUUAUAAAAAGUGUCUAACGAUGGUCAGAGGGGAACCGCAUGAACUAGGCCCUCGGUUAUGCCUUCGCCUGCUGCAAAGCCUAUUUAGUUUGCACUAUCUGGUUACGCACAACUAUAACGGAUCUGGAGGGAAGGCACCUAUUGAUCCAAUUGUGAUGGGCGCUGUUCUCCGACAAGCACAGAUUCAGUUCGGAUCAGGAUACUUCUUUACCGAACCAAUGGCACUAGGAAAACUUCGCGAUUAUUUGAACAACGCGUUCCGAGUGAUGGCUUUCAGACAACGCAAAGGAGAGCGCGUUCGUUCACCCUUCUGGAACGAACAGGGCGAACCGGUUCAUGGAUUGGAAGCGCCAGUGGAGUUUGCUGAGACAUCGGAUGUGAUUGUAUUGACCAAUGAAUUCUCUCCAGACUUAGUAAGACCGAAUGAGACGAGUGGAUCUACUAGCACACCAAACGACGUUGAAUUCGAAGAACAAAACACCUGA